AGUCCUCUGGCUGUGUGUCUCGAGGUUCCGGCGCCGGAGCUGCGGACGGUUUGCUGAGCCCGUUAGUGUCCCGUUUGAGACCCACGCCGCCGUCAUGUCCCGGUACCUGCGUCCCCCCAACACGUCUCUCUUCGUAAGGAACGUGGCGGACGAUACCAGGUCUGAAGAUUUACGACGCGAAUUCGGUCGUUAUGGUCCUAUAGUUGAUGUGUAUGUUCCACUUGAUUUCUACACUCGCCGUCCAAGAGGAUUUGCAUAUGUUCAAUUUGAGGAUGUUCGUGAUGCAGAAGAUGCUUUACAUAAUUUGGACAGAAAAUGGAUUUGUGGACGCCAAAUUGAAAUACAGUUUGCACAGGGGGAUCGAAAGACUCCAAAUCAGAUGAAAGCCAAGGAAGGGAGGAAUGUGUAUAGUUCUUCAUGCUAUGAUGAUUAUGACAGAUAUAGACGUUCUAGAAGCCGAAGUUACGAAAGAAGGAGAUCAAGAAGUUGUUCCUUUGAUUACAACUAUAGAAGAUCUUAUAGUCCUAGAAACAGUAGACCGACUGGAAGACCACGGCGUAGCAGAAGCCAUUCCGACAAUGAUAGAUUCAAACACCGAAAUCGAUCUUUUUCAAGAUCUAAAUCCAAUUCAAGAUCACGGUCCAAGUCCCAGCCCAAGAAAGAAAUGAAGGCUAAAUCACGUUCUAGGUCUGCAUCUCACACCAAAACUAGAGGCACCUCUAAAACAGAUUCCAAAACACAUUAUAAGUCUGGCUCAAGAUAUGAAAAGGAAUCAAGGAAAAAAGAACCACCUAGAUCCAAAUCUCAGUCAAGAUCACAGUCUAGGUCUAGGUCAAAAUCUAGAUCAAGGUCUUGGACUAGUCCUAAGUCCAGUGGCCACUGAUAGUAUAAACCAUGAUAUUUUUAGGCAUGUAUCAUUCAUUUACUCAUAGUUUGGUUUACUUAAAUUAUCAGGAAUACAAUGUUGCAAUGAUGCUUA